AUGGAGCCCAGGCAUCCUGAAAGAAGAAAGGACCCCUCAGGAGAGCUUUUUACCCAAACUAAUAAACUGACUGGUAGAGGAAUACUAAUGAGUUGUAGUGAAGAGCGGAAUGGGGUACUGUAUCCAGUGCCAGUCCAUCAGGCAGAAUGCGGUACUGUAUCCAGUGCCAGUCCGUCAGGCAGAAUGCGGUACUGUAUCCAGUGCCAGUCCGUCAGGCAGAAUGCGGUACUGUAUCCAGUGCCAGUCCGUCAGGCAGAAUGCGGUACUGUAUCCAGUGCCAGUCCGUCAGGCAGAAUGCGGUACUGUAUCCGGUGCCAGUCCGUCAGGCAGAAUGCGGUACUGUAUCCAGUGCCAGUCCGUCAGGCAGAAUGUGGUACUGUAUCCAGUGCCAGUCCGUCAGGCAGAAUUGGCAGGCCUGCCACUCUCCCUCAGGCUUGGAGUUGUCAGAGUCUGGGUUCCACCUCUUUGCAGAGUAGUUGGCAUCUGUUAGGAGGCAGGGAGUGUCGAGAAACAACUCUCUCUGGUCAGUGUCCUGGCUCCCUGAAAACAUUUUGUUGUGUUGAAGUAGGUAGCAGUGGAGAGAAGAAAAUACCAACUUUUCAGUGUAUAGUGGUGUUGGUAGUCCCUGAAUUGUCAAUGAAGGGUUGUGAAAGACAGGAAGACCUAAGGAUGCCCAGAUGUCCUGUUGGUGUAGAUGUUGAAGCAGGAGGAAGAGAGAACAGUGGAACUUUGCAUACAGAGGUGCUAGACAGCUGGAGCCUGGCUGGAGCUGGCCUAGGGAGGACUUAGCACAAGGCAUCUCUGGCCUCACUGGUGCAGCGUUCCUUUCAGAGGAGGACCUGACCUGCUGGGAUAGAGCCGAGUGAAGACCACCUGCCGAAGCUGAAGGAUGGACGACGUUCAGUGCCGGGAGCCAGGGUUCUUAUGAAAGGAAGGCGGUUGGUAAGAGCCAGGAGGAUAAACCCCGUUUUACUGAGCUUUGCAGAAGGGAGAUGUGCUUAGUGUCUGGUGAUGUGACUGAGGUAUGAAAGCACGGUUUGGGAAGGAGAGGAAGGCUUUUGAGUAGUGUGGGGUGCAUACAGUCAGCAGCUGGACUCUUCCUGGGGAGUGGGACAGCGAUUCUGUAACCAACGUUAGAAUUACUUUAGAUUUGUAAUUAAAAUGGUUCUAUGAUUUAUCUUUUGACUAUCCAUAGAUAAUUGUAAAUUCUGGUUUUAUAAGCCCAAGUCAUUUUACAUUUGCUUUUCCAAAAUUAUUAAAUUGGAAUUUUUAAUCCUUUA